UUUAUGUUGAUGGUGUUUGGUGUCUCAGUUAACUGCAGAUAAUGACGAAGUUAAUUUAAAUUUCAGUCAGUGAUGCUUUCCGCUAGGUGUUUUUAAGAUUUAAUUCUAUAUAUUAUUCAAGUAUUAUUAAAUUAAUAAUUCACCGGUACAUAAAAAUUUAUAUAAUACGCAUUUAAUAACCUAAUAUCUAAAAAUGGCCGAUAAAUUCGUUGAGAAUUCAGAGGAAGAUAACUCCGUUACAAUGCUCGAUGUUCUCCAGGAAGAAAGUCAAUUGGAAGAAGAUGCAUAUGCAGUCUUAGGUGCAUCCGAUGAUAGAAAUUGUACUUAUAACAAGAAGUUCGAGAUUACAGGGAUAUAUUAGACAGGCACUAUAUGCCUGCAAAACAUGCAGUUCGCAAAAGAAUAUACGUGCAGGUGUUUGUCUAGCAUGCAGUUUUCAUUGUCACGAAGGACACGAGCUUGUUGAAUUAUAUACUAAAAGAAAUUUUAGAUGUGAUUGUGGAAAUUCUAAAUUUGGAAACAAGGAAUGCAAUUUGGAGAAGUCCAAAAGUACAAUGAAUAUUGAAAAUAUGUAUAAUCAAAAUUUUGAUGGCGUUUAUUGUACUUGUGCAAGACCAUAUCCAGAUCCUGAAAAUGAAAACAAUGAUGAAAUGUUACAAUGUAUAAUAUGUGAAGAUUGGUAUCAUUCUAAGCAUCUUGGGAGCAAAGAUGUACCUGGGGGUGACUCAUAUGAAGAAGUGAUAUGUGCUGAUUGUAUGAAAAAACAUGACUUUCUUUGGAGAUAUGCUACAAAAUAUUCAACAAUACAAAAUUCUACUAUAUCAUCUGAAAAGGGGGAAGAAAUAUUGAAUGUUGAAAAUCUUCCAAAUGGUUGUACAAUGCCACAAAAAAGUUUAUCAGGUGUAACAGGUAGCUGUUUUUGGUUAGAAGGAUGGAGAACUUCUCUAUGCAGUUGUGAAUCAUGUAAAAAGAUAUAUAAAGAACAAGAUAUAUUAUAUUUAUUGGAUCCAAAAGAUAGUGUGCAGGCUUAUGAGGAAGCAGGUAAAAUAACUAAGCGAGAAUCACAGUAUGAAAAAGGUAUGAAGGCUCUUGCAUCCUUGGAUCAUGUACAGCAAUUAACUGCAAUUGAAGAAUACAACAAUUUGAAAGAAAGACUAAAGGAGUAUUUACAAAAGUUUGCGGAAAAUAAAAAAGUCGUUCGAGAGGAAGACAUUAAAGAAUUUUUUUCAGAAAUGGAGUCAAAGAAACGUCCGAAAGUUGUAGUCCCAACGUAUUGUCGUUAAAAUAAAACAUUUCUCUUGUAAAGAUUAAAUCAACAAGAUUUUUAACAUUCUAAUUAAACGUAAGAGAUCUUUAGAAAAUAUAAUUGAUGUCAGAAGAUCUGUCAAAAGAAAUAUAAUUAAUAAAUAAUAAUUUUUCUUUUUUUAUAUUAAA